UUCUCUGAGCAGCGCAGUCGGCUUUUCCUAAGUCCUAUCAGUCCUCCUUUAGACCUUUCCUUGACCUCAUGACGUUUUCCACUGAGGUCAAGGAAUAGUAGAUAGGAAUAGUAGAUAGGAAGGACGAUUCGACUGCACGCAAGUUCCACUUCAGACUGACAGUAGACUUCCCAGUGUAACUUAGACAAUUUCCAGACGUUCUGAUGUGACAUUUCAAAAUUAAAGCCCCUGAAAUUUUCAUGUCAGCCAUUGUCCCCAUUAAAUUCAGCUUCAAAACUAAAAGGAAACUUCUUGUUUGCAUAGAUGCAUUCCACUUGAGACUGACAGUAGACUACCCCACAUUGUCACUCAGACAAUAUCAGGACAUUAUGAUAUAGACUUUUAAAAUGUCAUAUAUGACAUUAAGUUUCUUUUCAAUGGCAAUCUGAAUAUCAGAGGAAGCACAGCUCAAAUAUGAGAUUUUAGAGGGCUUAGUUAACUACCCCACUAAGAAAAAAGCAAUGGAAAAUAAUUUUUCUUGCAUUUCUUACUCCGUUGGGGCAAUAAUAAAAACAAUCCAAAAAAUUCUUUUUUUCACAGACCCCACAGUUUUUUUUAUUAUAGUCCUCUACCAAAUGGUAGCGAUGUCGCGUCAUGGUAAAAAUACAGAAAUACAAACAUUUACCAAAAAUAGUAAAAAAAAUCAAAUAAAAUGCUAACUUUUUGAAGAAAUUAACAGCAAAAAUAUUUUUCGGCAUGAAUUAGAUCCACUUUGUUUUUGGUGGUAUGCUACAAAGCAUUCCUGGUUUGCUGUCAAACAGGAAAACAUUGCAUUUCUGGUUUUCAUUUCAACAAAUGAUAAUAUUGCAUAAACAAGAAAACAUUGCAUGUCUAACAUUUAGGCAAUCAGGUUCACCUCUGAUUGUAUGCUACAGUAUAACCCAUUGCAGGUUCACAGAAAAAAAGGAGAAUAUCGCGCGCACACACACAGGAAAACAUUAAUUUUUUAAAACUUUUUUAUCUCAACACACCUCUUUGGUGGUGCAACCUUAAAAAUAUUUUGUGGCUAUCAGAUCUACUUCUGAAAAUAUGCUGUAAUACAAAACAUUGCUGGUUGGCAUUAAGAAACUGGAAAAUAUUGCAAACACAGGACAACAUUACAUUUCUGACCGUUUAAUGCCAACACCUUAUUUGUAUGGUGGUGCAACCGCACAAAAGCUUUUUGGGCAAUAGAUGCCCCUUUAUAUCUGAAGGUAAGCUGCAAAGCAUUCUUGAUUUGUGUUCAAACACAGAAAAUCAUCGUAUUUAAGUGAUUUCCAUCUCGAUACGCCUUUUAGACAACUGCCCCUGGUGGUCACAGUGAAGUGGCCAAUGCCAGUGCCCGCUCUACACCAGGAUUCUACUUAGAUACAGUGGAGGCCUUACUGAUGUCAAAUUUGCAUACCAAAUUUGGGGGUGGCUGUCAAAAAAGCUAUGCCUCUAUGCACACUCUGUGUUUCUGUUCGGUUUUUCAAGGCUGACUGCUGGCCUGUAAUAAUAUUUCUGAGUUAUGAUACAGUGUUCUACUAGCUACAGUUGUAUGCAUUAUACUUGUUAGAUUCAUGUUGUUUAUUCCCUUCUUAUAUACUAAGCACUUCUUGAUAAGUGAGUAACUUAUAUGUUGAACAGCCUGAAUGUUAAUGUCUUUUCUUUAUAAUCGGGUAAUUGAAAUCCUAUCACACAACCCCUGUUGAUGCCAGGAUCAAAGCCAUACAUUCUCCUAUGAUCUAGUAUACACACUCCUGUUAUGUGGUACAUACACUCCUGUGAUCUGGUACAUACACCCCUGAGAUCAAAGUGAUCUGCUUCUUCUGCAGACCUGUAAUCACGCACUCUCUUCAUCAGCUCUGUCAUCAAGGGAGCUCUACUGAUGCAAGUUUGCAAGUUGAUUGGACAGUGCCAAUGCACCAGACAACCAGGGUGGCAUGCAGGUUCUAGACCAGCCAUGUGUCGACCAUGUCAAUUUGUUCCCCUGGAAUUAGUAGUAUUAUGGGCAGUAGUAUUGUUUCCACAUAUUUAUUCUAGAUAUUAACCAUAUUUACUUAGAAAACCUCUUGGAAAUGGUCAAAAAUCAUACUUAUAAUGACAUUAUUUACAAAUAUCUAUGAGGUAAUAUCAUAAAAUGUCAAAUGUAUCAUAUUGACUGCAAUUACUAAUCAGAAGUUUUAAUUUCAUAGCAAAUCGUCAAUUUUUUAUCAUAUUAGUUUUAUUCAGCUACCUUUACCAUGAAGUUCCAAAUCAAUCAUUUGGUAGAACAAAUUUUAAAAAGUUAUUCAACGGUCAUUAGACUUUUUUUGUUGUAUCUAGACACAUAAUUAUGUUCUUUAAGGCCUCUGACAGUAUCACAUGUUGAAAAAAUCUGUUUACCACUCAAAACUUCACCAGAGUCAAAUUGUCUGGGGUGAUUUUCUUGUUUCUGACUUCCUGGUUGGAGGGGAAUGAACAGGCAUGCCAUUUAAAGACAAAGUGACAUCUGGUGGUAUCUGGUGCUCUACCAAAUGGUUGAGCAGGCAGGAACGUUUCUUCCCUUGUGAAAUCAGUGGCAUGCUGAGAUCAGAUAAGGUUCAGGUCCUCACAUGUAGAUCGCGCCUGGACACGUGUGGUCUGGUAUACGCUGCACAAAGUAGUUACCUAAUACUGUGACUGUUCCUGUGUGGACUGACAACGCACGUUGCACUACGGUAAGUAGUAGGAAUUUACAGUUUUUGAAGUGUAGAUAUGAUAGACUUUAGGGUCGAGUGAGCUUAACUUGCUCAGGUUUGGUAAGACGUUUGGUGAGACUUUUUUAGUCUCCGCGCUGACCGCGCCGCAGUCUUUGCGCAGGGGAUCCCGUUCACGGGCCGACGAGUCCCGGUGCGGUGGGAACUCCCCAGAUGCUCCAGAGCGACGUGAGCCUCGUCUCCCUCGACCUGCCGGCGGACUAAAGCCGGCAGCCGCGCCCGGCUCGGUGCGGGGCCCGGCGCCAGCAGAGAGGGGAAAGGCGGGGAAGAGAAGGAGGGUACGGGGGGAGAAGAGCCAGCCGACGAGCAGAGAGAGCGCGAGGACGUGGAGGAUGCGUAAAACAGCAACCACGAGCCUCGCGCCCGGCCGUCGGCGCCCCCCCCCCCAGAUUAAAAAGUCAAUUUCCACGAGGCAAAGGGUUUGGAGAAAAAGGAGAAAGACACAAACCCACCCGGCACUCCAUCCACCGAGACCCACGACUAAGCCGGCCGGAGCCAGCGGCAGAGCGGGGUGGGAGACAUUGAAUCCCCCUCCCUCUCUCUGGAGGAGAAGGGAGAGUUGGUACCCCGCGGGCUUGCCGAUGCACGUAAAAAACGCAAACAUCGGCCGAUAUCAUCGGCCGGCCGAUAAAUCGGUCGAACACUAACUAUAACUGAGCUAUCAAAUCUAGACUAGAUUGUCACAGAGAGGCCAAAGACUCAGAUUUGUGAAACCUUCAUUGCAUUUGUGAAAAGGUCUUAAAGGCUGAUUUCAACAGUUUUGUUCACUGCUAGACCACAUUAGAUCAGGUUAGAUAGAAAACCAAUAGAAAAUAGACCUUUUCAAAUCUGGACUAGAUUGUCACAGAGAGGCCAAAUACUCCUUUUCACCUCUAGACCACACCCAUGUGUGGUGUUCUCAGAAUCAACACCUAUGGUUCCAGUAGGGGUGUUAUAAAGAACAUCUGAGGCUCGCUUCAUCAUGAUGAUGCAUUGUUUAUGCUAUUCAAUUUUCACCUGUUUUACUACAGCAGAAGUGAUAUGAAAUUCUCCAAAAUGCAGAUAUAAAAGAUUGAACUUAUAAAAAAUAGUUGCAAUAAUGGAAAUUUCCAAACUAUUAAAAAAAUAACAUAAGUAAGAAAUAACAUUGAUGAUGAGACAUACCCACCUUGCAACACUAAUACUGGCAUUGAUAUUUGUGUUAAGUCACUUUAAAAUGAUAAAAAACAAUUCAUUUUCAUUGCUUUUACAUGUUUUUAACUUUGGAUAACUGAUUUUAUAUUGUUUUUAUUUAAGAUGAGGCUGAUCUACUGCUGCAGUGCUUUGCUCCUGCUCCUUCUCAUUCCCAGAGUCUGUCAAGCUGGAAACAUCUUGGUUGUUCCCAUUGAAGGCAGCCACUGGAUAAACAUGGAUAUUCUACUUCAAGCUCUGCACUCAAGUGGACACAAUAUAACCAUUCUGCGUUCUAGCAAAAGCUGGUACAUCACAGACAACUCCUCCGAUUACAACAUUGUCACAGUCCAAGUGGAGAAGAGCUUGGAUCAGAAGUUCAUCACAGAUAUCAUAUCUAAGGGCAUUGAAUUUGAGAGGGGCACUAUUUCCUCAGCAACUUUUCUUUACAUGAAUGUAGUUAUCCUUGGCUUAAUGAUUGAAGCUCAUGAAGUCGUGGGUGAAUUCGUAUCCAAAACGCUAGAUGACCAAGAGUUGGUGAGAAACAUCAGAGACAGGAAGUUUGACCUGUUACUCACUGACCCCGGCUGGGGAGGUGGAGCCAUUUUGGCCAAAUAUUUGAACCUUCCUUUGGUUUAUAACGUUCGCUGGCUGGUAAUUGCAGAUGCUCAUCUUGCUAUUGCUCCUUCACCUAUAUCAUAUAUUCCCAUAACAGGAUCUGGCAACACUGAUAAAAUGAACUUUUUCCAAAGAGUUAAAAACAUUGGUGUCUAUCUCUUGACCCAAACACAAUACCACUUGGUGGUUAAGCAAACAUACCAGAGGAUAUGUGACAAAUAUCUUGGGCCUGAUAAUGAAUUUCACCAGUUAGUGCUCAACGCAGACAUUUGGUUGAUGAGAACUGACUUUGUGUUUGAGUAUCCACGUCCAACUAUGCCUAAUGUUGUGUACAUGGGGGGGUUCCAGUGUAAACCUGCAAAACCACUUCCUGAACACUUGAAGAAGUUUGUGCAGAGCUCUGGGGAACAUGGAGUCAUCAUCAUGUCUCUGGGGACUUUCGUGAGUGAACUCCCUGCGGACAUGACAAACGAGAUUGCUGCAGCUUUCGCUAAAUUACCUCAGAAAGUCAUCUGGAGGCAUAAAGGUGACAGACCAGCCACUCUAGGCAACAACACCUUACUAGUGGACUGGAUGCCACAGAACGACCUCCUGGGACAUCCAAAGAUUAAACUAUUUGUGGCUCAUGGUGGAACAAAUGGAGUCCAAGAAGCUAUUUAUCAUGGAAUCCCAGUUGUGGGUCUACCUUUGUUCUUUGACCAGUAUGACAACCUGCUCCGUCUGAAAGAGAGAGGAGGGGCUAAGAUUCUGACAUUAGCCACAGUGGAAAAAGACAACUUCCUUGAGACUGUACAAGAGGUCCUGAAUGAGCCCUCCUACAGGGCCAACAUGCAAAGACUCUCCAGGCUGCACAGAGAUCAGCCAAUAACACCACUGGAUAAAGCCCUCUUCUGGAUAGAGUUUGUCAUGAGGCACAAAGGUGCAGCUCAUCUGAGAACAGAGUCCUACAGACUUCCCUGGUAUUCCUACCACUCUGUAGAUGUAGUUUUGUUCCUGGCUGGAGCUGUGCUGCUUGUGCUCUUAUUUAUUUUGAUGUUGAUGAGGUGUUUAUACGCUGCAUUGUGUAAAUCUAAAGUGAAACAAGAAUAAUAUCAGUAAAAAUUAGGACUUCUACAGCCAAA